AUGACAUCCUAUAAACUAACAUUGCCUGAGCCGGUAAUCCGAGACCGGCAGUUCACCAAACCGCUGAUGUGUGGCCCGGGCCCCUGUGAUGUUUGGCCAUCCGUCGCCGAAGCCCUGACCAGACCCGUCAUAUCUCCGAUAUGCGAUGAAUACUUUCACGUGAUGGACGACAUUCGCGCGGGCAUUCAAUAUUUAUUCCAAACACGAAGCCCCCUGGUGCUGGCCAUCAGCGGUUCCGGCCACACCGGCAUGGAGACCAUCAUCAGCAACCUCCUCGCCCCUGGCGAGCUACUGCUUGUUCCCAACAGGAGUAUAUGGGACGAACGGGCUACUAAAAUGGCCAGUAGAUAUGGUAUUAAAGUGGAGACAAUUGUAACUUCAGUACCGUUUACAACUUUUUCAUUGGAAGAAAUAGAGUCAGCAUUGAAAAAACACCGUCCAGCUGGGAUGUUCAUCACACACGGGGACUCUUCGACGGGCACCGUCCAAAGUUUGGAGGGUCUUGGCAAGCUCUGCCAUAAAUAUGGAACUCUGCUGCUAGUCGACACCGUGGUGUCUCUUGGUGCAGUUCCGUUCUUCAUGGACGAGUGGGGCGUUGACGGCGUGUACACUUCGGGCCAGAAAGCGUUAAGCGGGCCUGCUGGCAUAUCACCUGUAGCUUUCAGCGCUCGAGCAGAAGCAAAGAUAAACAACAGGAAGCACGAGCCACCGUUUUACUUCGACAUGAAGUUAUUGGCUCAGCAAUGGAACUGUUAUGACAAGAUCCGUGUUUACCAUCACACAUUAAGUCCACCACUUGUGUGGGCGCUCCGUCGUUGCUUGGAAGAAGUCAUCAGCGAAACUCUUCCCAAAUCCUGGGCCCGCCAUGCAGCAGUCACCGCGCGCUUCCACAAACGCCUGCAGGACUACGGAUUCCAGUUCCUCAUCAAGAAACCCGAGGAUCGACUGGUCACGGUCACCACCGUGGCAUUGCCGAGUGGAUACGAUUUAAAGCAGUUCGUGGAUCACAUGAGAGCCAAGCACAAUAUCAUGAUAAUGGCAGGGCUGGGACCUACCGUCGGCAAAGCUUUGAGGAUCGGCAUCAUGGGAGUUAACUCUACUAUGGAAGUGGCGGACCGGGUCGCGGACGCGAUGGCAGAAACCAUGCGAGCUUUGACCAAAUCAUCCCUUUGACUUCCAUUUAUUUUGUAGUUUAUCUGGCUACGCAUAGCGGGAUUAGAUAGAACCCAUG